AUGGGGUUCAUUCACAAGGGUGGGGUUUGGUGCUUCCUCCUGCUCGCCGGGGUGCUGCUGGCUGCGGCGGCGGCAGGCGCGGAGCAGGACGAUGGGGCGGUGGCCACUGCCGUGCCGAAAGUGGUGGUGGAGGAGGUCCGUCUGCGCGUCGAUGAUCCGGAGGAGAACGACUCGUGCGACCUCAAGUGCCAACACCACCAAGUUCCGGCGAGGAAAAAGCAGUGCGUGGACGAGUGCCACAGCCGGGAGCAUCACCACCCCAGCAGAGCGUCUUGCGAGACCAAGUGUAGCCACUGGCAAGACCCGACGAGGAAGGACCAGUGCGUGCAACAGUGCAUGCGCCGCGGCCUCAGCCUCGCUGUGGGCGGCGGCAACGACGUCGACGAGCACCGCCACGCCCAAGAGGAGGAGGUCGCCGGGCGUCCGUGCGACAGGGAGUGCCAACUGUCUUGCCAAAGGAAGUGUCAGGGCUGGAAAUAUCGGACCAAGCACCAACAGUGCGUGCGACAGUGCGUUCGCGGCAGCAACAUCGUCGACGACGAGCACCUCCGCGGCUGGGAAGCGGUGGCCGGCGCCAUCAUCGAGGCGGUGUGA